GAAGCGACCGAGCCGGCGCUGAGGGCCCGCCCGCCAUGGAGGCCCCGCGGGCGCUGCCGCUGCUCUCGGUGCUCUCGGUGCUGCUCCUGCUGCUCCUGGGGCUCUGCGCCGCCGACGCCUCGCAGGAGAACGGCGGAUCUCCCGGGGUGUCUCAGGGAGCCGGAGCAGGUGACAACGGGGAACACACCAACACCGCGAACACAGCCCCAGGGAAUGGAAACGGGCAGCAAAACAACGGUAACUCCGGCAAUGGCAACGCCCAACCAGACACGAGCGGCGGGACCAACACGGGUGAAAACACGGCGAACAAACAGCAGGACAACAGCGUGACUGGAAACGGCAGCGACGACGACAAGGAGAAGAAAAAGAAAGAGGAAGAGGAGUCACAGAAUGGCAGCGACACAGAGACUGCUCAGGAGGGCCAAGGUGCAAAAGGCAGUGAUGAAACCAGCAAUGGAGGAGGCGGGGGACAAGGAGGUGGAAGCCAGAGCAGCAACAGUGGUAACACGGACAGUGGUAACACAGGCAAGACAGACAGUGAGGGGCAGGACAAUGCAGGCAGCAAGGCAGGCAGUGGCCCUGUCAGCCAGGGCGAGGCAGGGACCAGCGGUGUUAGCCAGGGCAAUGCAGGGACCAGCAGUGAUGGGCAGGGCAGUGAUGGCCAGAGCCGUAAAGAGUCCAACACUGCAGGCACAGGCAGCCAGAGCAGUGGCACUGGUGGCCAGGGCAGCACAGCGACCAGCACUAACGGUGAAAGCGGCAGCCAGAGUGAAAACAAUCAGCAGAACAGUGUCAACGAGAACGGCCAGGCUGGCAGCCAGGCAGGGGGCACCGAGGAGCAGGACAGCAAGAAUGACAAGAGCAAGAACAGCAGUGAGAGCACAAAUGGCAGCACCAAGCAGAGCACCGACCAGAACAGCAGCAACAAGGACCAGGGCGACAACAACAAGCAAACUGAUGGCAAGGACAGCGAGAACACAAAUGGCAUCACCAACCAGAACAGCAACACCCAGGACAACACCAACCAGGAUGGCACCAACCAGGAGCAGGGCAAUACCCAGAGUGGCACCAACCAGGACAACAAUGACAGAAACCAGGCUGGCACAAACGGGGCCAGCAGGCAAGGAGGGCAGCAGCCCCCGGCUGAGAGCCAGGGCAGUGCUGCUGGCGAGCAGCCCCACGGCCAGGACAGUGCUCAGGCCUCCCAGGAGGAGCAGAGCGCCGUGCCACACUCUGCUGCCCCCGCUGGGGACGGCGACAGCUCCCUGGAGAACGACGAGAGCGCCCUGGAGGAGGCGGCCAAGGCUGAGGAGGGCAGCGACCCCUCCCAGGAGCAGGACAGGGACAGGAGUGUCCCCUCCCUGCCCAGGCCCCGCUCGGAGAGCAGCCACUUCUUUGCCUACCUGGUGACCACAGCUGUCAUUGUGGCAGCCCUGUACGUGGCCUACCACAACAAACGCAAGAUCAUUGCUUUUGCUCUGGAAGGAAAAAGAUCCAAAACUGGUCGGCGGCCCAAAUCUGGUGAUUAUCAGAGACUGGAUCAGAAGAUCUGAUUCCUGCUCAGAGGAUGGCGGGGAUGCAGUGCUGCCACAGCUGGAUUCCAGCCCACGGGGAGGAAGGAGGGCAGACGCUUUUUGUUUUGCACCUGCACCUUGAUAAAACCUCUCACUUCCCUGAA